GUCCCACACCGCGAAGAGUGGUCGGAACCAUCUCUCGUCUUCUUCCCCUUCCCCUUCCCCUCCCAGGAAAAGCUGGGACCCGGCACCCUGGCUAUCCAUUGGCCGCUGCGGCCUCAGCUCCAGCCAGGCCUGGGUACGGAGAGUCCAGACCGCUUCCAGGGCGAGUGCUCCUGAUUGUGACAUCACAUCCAUCCCCUUGGCAAUGGAGCUUGUCCCUAGGAAGGAAGACUCAGUCGGAGAAUAGCCAACAAGAUGGGUUACUGGGAACGUCUCCUGAGUGGCACUGAGUGGAAGCAUCAGGGGGUUGGAGCCUUGUGAACAGGGAACCUGCCCCCAACACUUGGAAGUUCCCCGACCAGAGAUUGAACCCAUGCCCCCUGCAGUGGAAGCGCAGAGCCCUAACCAGUGGACCGCCAGGGAAUUCCCAAUUAUGGCGUCAUUCUGACCUGGGUUUCAGUGAUGAGACAUGGGGUAUGAUGUAACCCGUUUCCAGGGGGAUGUUGACGAAGACCUUAUCUGUCCUAUUUGCAGUGGAGUCUUGGAGGAGCCAGUCCAGGCGCCUCACUGCGAGCAUGCUUUCUGCAACGCCUGCAUCACCCAGUGGUUCUCUCAGCAGCAGACGUGUCCGGUGGACCGGAGUGUUGUGACGGUCGCCCACCUGCGCCCAGUACCUCGGAUCAUGCGGAACAUGUUGUCAAAGCUGCAGAUCGCCUGCGACAACGCUGUGUUUGGCUGCAGUGCUAUUGUCCGGCUUGACAACCUCAUGUCUCACCUCAGUGACUGUGAGCACAACCCAAAACGGCCUGUGACCUGUGAACAGGGCUGUGGCCUGGAGAUGCCCAAAGAUGAGCUGCCAAACCACAACUGCAUUAAGCACCUGCGCUCAGUGGUACAGCAGCAGCAGACACGAAUUGCAGAGCUGGAAAAGACCUCAGCAGAACACAAACACCAGCUGGCAGAGCAGAAACGAGACAUCCAGCUUCUCAAGGCGUACAUGCGUGCAAUUCGCAGUGUCAACCCCAACCUUCAGAGCCUGGAGGAGACGAUUGAGUACAACGAGAUCCUAGAGUGGGUGAACUCCCUGCAGCCGGCACGAGUGACCCGCUGGGGAGGGAUGAUCUCCACCCCAGAUGCUGUACUCCAGGCUGUAAUCAAGCGCUCCCUGGUGGAGAGUGGCUGUCCUGCGUCUAUUGUCAACGAGCUGAUCGAAAAUGCCCAUGAGCGUAGCUGGCCCCAGGGUCUGGCCACACUAGAGACAAGACAGAUGAACCGGCGUUACUAUGAGAACUACGUGGCCAAGCGCAUCCCUGGCAAGCAGGCUGUUGUCGUGAUGGCCUGUGAGAACCAGCACAUGGGUGAUGAUAUGGUGCAGGAGCCAGGGCUUGUCAUGAUAUUUGCGCAUGGCGUGGAAGAGAUAUAGGAGAUCUCGACGGGCUAUCUGGAAGAGAUGAAAAUCAGAAAAUCCUGUCACUCCAGCAGCGGGGCCCUGAGUCCUCCCCACUUUCCUUAAUACCGUGGCUAACGCUAGAGCCACACAUCUCCCUGCUCUUCUGCCACUGAAGAGGGCCCCAGGGCACCCUGCUCAGGCUUUCAGGUGGGAAACCCAGAUUCCCUCCAUUUGCCUAAUUUCUUCCCCUAAAAUGUCUGUAUAUUUUCCAUCUGGUUGGGAAAGUCCCCACCUCUAUUUCUGUUUUCCUGCCUAGGGUCCUGGUUCCAGAUGUUUUCAGAAAGCACAAAGAUACUCAUUUUCUCUAGAGGAUCAGGAUGGAGUGAGGCAUCUCUAACUGUUCCCCUCCUCCAAAACCAGGGAAUCCAGAGCAGGCAGGCCUUUGACUCUCUAAACAGCAUUUAGAGGGCGGCUCUGGGGAGCAGACAGCCUAAAGAAAUGGUAAGGAUGGAACAAAACCCUAGAAAUAAUGAGGCCAGUAGGCCAUCGCUGGUGGCCCUUAGGGGAAGACUGGACCUCUGUGCCAAGCAAUACCCUGUUCAGCCCACCUUAAAGGUGUGGGCUCCCGCCGGGUCUGCAGGUGUGCAGGUGGGGAUGCCGAAAAUUUCCAGAUGAGCUCUUCUUUCCUACACUUUCUCACGAUUAGGGAAUGACAGGGUUGGGGUGAGGGGUUAGUCCAUUGGGGUGAAUAUGCUCAGCAGGAAGCAGCUCUCUGGCUUUUGCUGAAAUUGGGUAGGCACUGCCUCUGGCACAGGCCAUAAUAGUUCCAUAGACUCCUCUCUCUCAGCCCUGUGAUUGUAACUAGUUAUUUUGAUAAUUUUCUUUGGCCAUUGUUUGUUUAUAUUUCACUCCCUCCCUCACAGUUUUUCUUUUUUAAGAAUGGCCUGAUUAUGGCUACCCCACUUUUCCAGCCCAGCCACAUUGUUGGCAAUUUAAUUUAUUUACUUUUUUUUUUUUUUAAGAAAGGAAAAAGAAAAAAAAAUUUACAAAACUUAAAACUUUUCUUUUGCUGUUCCUAUUGUGGGGAUCUUUGGGUAGGGUGGGACGGGGAUGGGGUCUGUCUUAUGUUUUUCCUUUUCAGCACAACCUUUGGCUUUAAUAUAGGAAAGGCUAAGGGAGUCCUUGGCUGAACUGAAGUCUGCCCCAGUCCUCCAUAGCCCAUCUGAGAUGAGGAGCUUCCUCUAUUCCAGUGAUGGAUGUGACAGUCCCGCAUCAAUGGCUGUGCCCUCUGGAGAACUUUGCUCCCAGCCCAUCUAGGGUCUCACUGUAAAACUCUGGACUUCGAGUAUUAAUUUUGAAGAAAUCCUGCCCGCCACUCCCCCCAACACCCGGUUUCCUUGGAGAUAUAUAUAUAGCUGGGUUCUAAGCUUCAUCAGGCAAGAUGGGAUAGAAAUUAUGUCUCUGAGUACAGGCUGUGCUGUCUCACCCGUACCCCCUUAGGACUUCAGCUGCAUUUCGGGAUGCCCAGGGCAUUCCUUAAUCCCUGGGGUGACUAGCAGAGUAAGAGAAGGGGAGGAAUAGUGGGUAUGAUUAUCUCGAUAUGCAGGUGGAAGUGGGGCUGGAGAGAGAUGGCCGUAAAGCUGCUCUUUUUGGAGCUUUUUCCAGGCCAGCUUGCGGUAGGUCUGGGUAGCUGGGUCAUGGCUCCACUGGAACUGUGGGGAGGAGGGAAUACAGCUUGAAGGGGGUGAGGAACAGUCAUAUGUUCCAGCUCCAGGACAUUGUGCUCAGGAAUUUGAAAACGCUGCUAUACUUAGUCUGGUUACUACAUUUCUUCCACUCCCCUCUGCCCCUGCCUGCCUUACCCAGGCCCAUACCCUCCUGUUGUCACCCUAAGAUGGAGCCAGGAAGCUCAGUUAAGGCUUCCCUACCCUUUGCACUAGUGUCUCUGCAGGUUGCUAGUUGUGUUAUAUAUGUGCUGUUCCAUGGUGUUGACUGCACUAAUAAUAAAUCUUUUACUCAA